AUGCUUAAUCAAUCUGCAAUAGUUCCAGAUGCAGACCAAAAGCUUACUAAUAUUAACAGAAGAAUCUACAACAGUAAGAGAACUAAAAUCAAAAAGUAUCCCUUCAUGGCUAGCGUCCACUUGUCAGGAGACUUUGUCUGCGCUGGUUCCAUCAUCAGCAGAGACCUCAUCAUCACGUCAGCAUCGUGCUUGCAAAUAGCCUAUCUCCACCGUCACAAUCAACAUUUCAAAAGCAAUGUCUCAGUCAGAAUCGGCAGCGACUUCGCCACCCACGGUGGCGAGUACGUAGCCAUCUCUCAAAUCUACUUCCAUCCCCUUUACAACCCCGAGAACUUGAAGAACAACCUGGCAAUCUUGGGGAUGAACAAACAUCAACACUUCUCGAAAAAGAGGAAGAUCAGAAGAAUUGUGUAUGACAAAACAACGGGCGACUUGGCGAAUAAUGUGAACAGGGUUACGAUCGUUGGGUGGGGUGCGAAAAAUGAACUCAAUCUCCAAGACCCUUCAACUAAACUUUCACUCGGUCAUCUCGAUCUAUACGAUUUAGGAGAAUGUAAAGCUGUGUAUUCCACUUUCUACGUGAAUGAGCAAAACUUCUGCGCUGGGUUUAUCUCCAAAGGCUCUGGAGCAUGCGAUAAAGACGUCGGUGACCCUGCUGUCGUGGCUGGAGUUUUGGUGGGUGUAGUGAGCUUCGGACCCCCACUCUGUGGCACUCCAGACGCUCCUACAGUCUUUACCAGGCUUGGCAUGUAUGUGAACUGGAUCGACGGCAUCAUAAGGAUGGUAACAAUUUCAGAUCCAACUAAAAUUACUAAAAGCAAGCCCAUUCUAAGAAUGCCUAUAGUAAGAUCUUCAACCCAAAAACGUAAAGGCGUAUACGGACUUGGGCGUAUAAGUUUCGACUACCCUGAAGAUUUUUUUAUCUUGAACAAGAUAUUGACAGAUAUAUCUAGACCAAACGCGUAUGAGGUUAAAGACUUAAUCAACGAGGGAUUUAACAAGGAAAUCUUUGAAGAUAUGGUGACACCUCGAAUGGACAUGAGGCAUCACCCAUUAGCCAACAGAAGUGUAUUUGGAAUGUCUGGUGUAAAUUUUCCUGACCAAAAAUAUGCCACUAAACAGAAAAAAAUUGUACUGGGUACUACACCGAAUGUUCUAGGUAUAAAUUUAGCAGGACCUAAAAUCGAUUUUAAUGAUUACGUUGACACUAAAAAACUGGGUGAAAUGUUGGAAGUGUUGUAUCACCAACACAUGUCGCAUUUACUACCCACAUCGAAACACCCUGUUCCAGUUACAACAAGACAUAAGUGGAUAGGACGCAAUGGUGACGUUGACAUCAACCGUCCAAUGAUGACCACGCCAUUGUUUGAUGAAGACGAUGGUGACGUAGGCAAAGGUAGUGACGCAUCAUCUGAAAACUACGAAGAGACGGAUUCAGAUGAAGGCAUGAGCAUUGAAGUAAAAAGGGCAACAAUAAAACCCAUUUAUGGAACUACACAACUUGUGACAGACUCUGGUGAAAACAACAACAAAGAUUAUGAUGAUAAAAACGUUAAAACUACAGGAAAAUUAAGCCCUACCAAAUAUGACGAUUACUUAAAUAUAUUUUUUGCUUUGGGAAAGAAGGCUAUUGAAGAUUCUGAUCGUACAAAUAAUGAAGAUGAAUAUUCCAAUCCAAACAAUGUGGUUUGGAUAUCAGAGGACGAGUUUAACUUUAGUCAGGAUCCUGAAAGUAUUGACUUGAAUAUAGCAAACACAUUCACGAGAGCACGUUAGUG